AUGCUCCGUCACGAUGGAAGAGGCUGUGAUUCUUCGUCCAACUUAUGCAGGUCCUGCAGGAUGAAUGUCAGCUUGUACCGCUGCAAAGAUUGUUUUGCCCCUGAUUUAUUAUGUCAAGCGUGCAUUAUUUAUGCUCAUGCUCAUUCACCAGUGCAUCGUGUGGAGAAAUGGAACAGCGCCUAUUUUCAAAGUGUAACCCUCAAAGAUCUCGGUCUUCGCAUCCAACUUGGUCACAAGGUUGGCGACUCAUGUCUGCUUCCUACUCGAGCCUACAAUGACAAUUUUAUUCUGGUCGACACCCUAGCUAUCCAUCCUGUUGCCAUAGACUUUUGCGGGUGUGAUAAAGUGCAAUCCCACAUUCAACAACUCUUACAUGUCGGAUGGUUCCCUGCGACAACCAGCGACCCAAGAACCACGGCUACUUUUCGUGUGCUCUGUCAAUUUCACAUUUUAUCAUUCGAAUUGAAGGUUUCUGCCUACGAGUUCUAUCACUCCUUGGUUCGCUUGACUGACAAUACUGGUCUUUUGAAGCGGAAUGACCAUUACGAGGCAUUCAUGCGCAUGGUGCGUGAAUUUCGGCAUCUCAAGAUGUUGAAGCGAGCUGCCUGCGGACACGACCCAUCUGGCAUCACUGCCACACAGCAGGGCGAUUGUGCGGUAUUAUGUCCAGCUUGUCCUCAAUCCGGGAAGAACAUCCUGGAUGAUUGGACACUUGCUUCGAAAGCAAGGAGAUGGUUGUAUGCUUCGUUUUUCACCAUCGACGCUAACUUUCGGCUCAAGAGAUGGAUAGUCUUAAAAGACACCAUGGAUCCCAGCUUAUCAAAUGGGUGGAGUUAUUUUGUCGACGAGACUGCAUACCGGUCGUAUCUGAACGAUCAUGGCAUGGAGACCCAGGAGAAAAGCUCAUGCGCUAGUCACAACGCAGUGAACAUGGCAGAGUCCAAGUCAUUGAAGGGCCUGGCAGCUACAGGACUUGGCACAAUCAAUUGUGCACGCCAUAACAUGAAACUUCCUAAUAGUGUGGGUGACUUGCAGAAAGGCAAGAGAUAUAUUAAUAUGGAUUUUUUGUUCUUUUCGACCUUACGCCACCGCUCUGUGGAAGUUCUCGACAUAUCAUACAAUAUUGUGUGCCAAUGGCACAAACAUCUCUGGUCUAGAAUGGCGACACUUCCAGAAGAUUACCGCCUUGAUCACACUUCCAAAGACAUCCGCUUCUUUGUCCCUAAGUUCUACCUUCCCACGCAUAUCGCAAAAUGUCAGACAUCUUUUUCUUUCAACUGGUCUCGUUGGGUUGGGCGCACUGAUGGCGAGGCUCCGGAGCGCAGAUGGUCUAAUAUCAACCCUGUGGCAUCUAGUAUGAAAGAGAUGGGCCCAGGCAGUCGACGGGACACUUUGGACGAUCACUUCGGAGACUGGAAUUGGAAAAAGGUUGUCAAUCUAGGUGCAAGCUUGCUAUGUAAGAUGAAAGAAGCAAUGCAGGAGAAGGCUGGCUUCCAAGUGGCCUUCGAAGAACUCAACACAGCCAUCACCAAACAACAUCGCACAACCUGGGAAGCCAAGGUAGAACAGUGGGAGGCUAAUCCAACCGAUACAAGCAUCCCAAAUCCGUUUGAGGUGAAGUCAGUUGCAAUCACCCAGGCUGGCGCUCAUCUGAGGCUAGCAGAACUGGAGGGUCGGGAACUUGAAAGCGGCGCAGACAUAUUGCUGCAUCCUGAGGUCUCAGCGGCGGUUUUGAUUGGCUUGGGGCUGGACUUAGAAGAAGAUCAGUUUGCGAAGGGUCUCGGUAAUCAUGUGACAGACACACAGAAAGGGAAGUUGCAGUGCCAGAGAAAUGUGUUACAUUGCAAGAUCGAGUCAUGGCACACAGCACAAGCACUGUACAUGCCUAUCAUGCAGAGCAUCCUCUCCACCUCAACUUCGACCUCGUCAACCUCUGUGAUCGAGCAUGCAGAGGACUCAAAGCUCUGGCUCCCUUCAGCUAUCGAAAAUCGUCCAUGUCCCGCCCAUCCCCAAUUUUAUGAGUGGGAACUCCACCUGGCCCAGGCACACGACGCACUACAAGAGCUCCAUCAAUGUCUACAUAUACAUUCAUCACUCCUGACAUACAAGAAGGUGUGGGUGCGCGGGCAGGGUGCGAAUACAAGGGCUCAGAAUGCCUUGGAACGUGUCCUUGGACGACAAGCCACAUGCACUGUAAGGUACCAUGCUGCGUGGGAUGCAUUAAAUACCCUGGUGCGACAACUUGGAAAGGUGGGGUGGCAAGGCGGCCUUCAGUCACUGCACCCUGAUGAUAUACGACCACUGAUUGAUCUGGAUAUCAUGCCCAGGCAAGGGAGACGGAAGUUGACAUGGAUUUGGACCAUGACUGGCGUGGAUAGUAAUGGGGACGGCACAGAUGACAAAGCUCGCGCGAUGUGGUGGGCCGAGGAGGUUGAGCUACUCCAUGAGGAAAUGCGAUGUGUUCUCAAGUUUUUUGAGUGGCAGGCCAACUGGUGGGUUGAGCAGGGGCAUCGGCAUACUGAGAUGGACGUAGAGUGUCUUGAGGGCAUCCGUGCUUAUGCUACCAAGCAGGCAAGCAUUCGCCGGGCGUUUAUUGAUCAUUUCCGGAUCUUAUGGUCUCCCUUUUUAUCAUCUGACAGAGCUCUCUCAAACAUAGACUCAGACGAUGAUGCUGACCUCCCGGAUCUCUCAGCACCGCCUCUCCCUGAGAUGUAA